AUGAGGGGCACUUACGGUGCAUUUUUAAACAGCACCUACGGUGCCUCCUCCAAGGCUGUGGGAGGGGGCACCGUAGGUGCUGUCACCGCAGGCGCACCUCACCCGACUAUAGCAUCUUCAUGUAUUAUGAUAUCAGAUGAAAAGAGGAAACAUUUGGUGAUAUGCAAAAAUCAGCCGCCCGUUUCAACACUCUCCAUGUCGUGCUUGCUAUCAACCAAACUUCUCAAGCCUUUCUGCUCCUGCGAAUCCCCUUUUCAGGGAGUUCGCACGAGUUUAAAUAGCAGAAGGCUUUUAAAUCAUACCAGAGGAGCAGGCAUAAAGCAUAUCUUAAACAAGCAUGCAAAUGGAAGCAUGAGUUCACUAAAUCGAAGCUAUCAUCAUUGCAGCGUCCAUAUUCCCACGGGAAAGUCCAUCGAGCCUAUGUUUCAUCAUUCUGGUUUGUGGUUUAGUGGAAGCGUGCAAAUUUCCGGAUUUUGGGUUGGGCCAGAUGUAGAAGAUGGAUGGGGUUUUGUAGAAGCUUCCGUGCACUUCGAAUAA